AUUAUUUCAAACUGAGUUUAUUUUUGGCGGCCAGACUGCCCAAUUGCAAUUCAAAUUAAUUAGAAAAAUCAAAAUCUCUCGCUCUGUAUUUUUCAAAAGAAGCAAAAAGCGACGACCAUGGAAGGAGAAGGAAGCUCAGAGACUGAAUGCUACACAGCAAUCGAGACUAACACAACAGACUCUCUCGACAAUUCAAUUAUCUUUCACGUCAUCAAAAACAUUCUCGGCUUCAUCCUCUACAUGCACCAGCAAAUCCCUGCCGUUUUGCAGGAUUUAACCCUCGAAUUCGACAGUUUAAAGCAGGAAUAUAACGAGAUGACGACGGCUGCUGCUGAACAAACUGAAGCUAAGGCGUCGAUUAGGAGACAACAGAUUAGCAGAAGGAGAGAGGUUAGACUUGGGAUUCAGCGAUUUGAGAAAUUGAUGAAUGCAAUUAGCGGAAUUGAAACUGCUUUAAAGCUUAUAAUUAGUGAAAAUCCUAAGAUUGAGAGUUUUAUUUUAAUUCUUGGGGCUACUCCGUUACGGCCGUUACAUGUUUAUGAGUUGAGCUUUUUACAUGGAAGUAACUCUGUUUUAUCUGCUUCAACUGAUUUCACUACAAAUAAAGCAGCAGAAGCUCUUGCAAGAAAGGCAGUUCGAGCGCUGAUUACGAAUGGUGCUGGCUCGGGUUCCUACCCAGGUCCUAGUAAGCUGUUUCUGUUGGUUAAAGCCCCAUCCUCUUUUAAUCUGCCCCUGCAUUUUCUCCCAAAGCGUGACUUCAAAUAUAGCAAAAAGAUUGUGCCUGUUAGAUUGCGAGUUAAGUGCAAAAGUCGAGGUUUGCAAAUGGAUGCUCCUGAUUGUGCUCGUCAAAACAGCAGUUCCAUCAGCCUUAGGGAUUCUCUAUCAGAAGAGUUAAUCUGGUUUCAAUGUCGGCAUGUUGUUAAGGGAAUAGCAUGCGCAACUCAAACAGAAGAGUAAAAAAGAAGUCCUUGCCAUUGUAUACAGCUGUUUACCUGCUCACCUUUGCUGAUGCUGCAUUUUUUGGUCUGUUCCAGUUUUGAUAGGUUUAAAGCACUUACUGAUAUUAUGAAUAUAAAGAUAAUACAAAUAAAAUGAAUGCUUUUUUAUGGUAACAACGUCGGAAGCUAGUAUGUCCAUUCUUUCGGGAGAAGUAACUCAGGUGAAAAAAUUUCAUUCUGCGAAACCACAACACAACAAUGUGUUGAUGCAUCUCUGCCAUUUUUGUUUCUGCCUAAAUUGCAGUCUCCAGUUUUUGAGUUAUUCUUAGAAUCUGCAUUUGAAAAUAACAAUUGCUGGUUACAAAUAAAUCCAAGCAAUACGAUACUUUAAAAGUGAAGUUCAUGUAAGAAUUCGUAAAGGAAACCUUGUCGACGUGAUACUUGGAGGCCUAUUUCGUGAACAUUGAGGUUAAGAGCUUGAACAACGCGUGCUGGUAGAAGAACGGGAGAGCAAGCUGCAGAAUUACAGCAGACAUAAAAUUCAAUUAACUUGAAUUGUUACGCCUCUUUUGUACUGUAGAUUUAUGAUUAAUUCAUUUCAUUUGUCGUUUCAUAGAGAAA